AUGAAAUUGCUCUCAAGCUUCUUGGCGUUGCUAACGCUGUUGCCUACCAUUUUAGCAGUGACUAUUUCAGGUCAAAUCAAAUUCGGUGAUUUCCCUACACGUAAUAUCUUACCUGUAGGAAGUAAGGUGUCGAUCAAUAAUGGAGAGAGAAAAGUGUGGAUAAAAGAUGAUGGGAGUUUUGAAGUUCCCCAUAUAGAUCAAGGUGAACAUAUAUUGGAACCUCUCAUCCCAGGAUAUAUCUUCCAAUCUUAUCUAAUCACCAUCCACCCCUCCACUCCUCCCCCACCUCCCUCCCAACCCUCUUCUCCAUCAUCAGAAGAUCCCUCUACCCCCUCCUCACCUACCAUUCCAACUUAUUCAAUCCAUAUCCAACCUUUCUACCCCGCCAAAGCACCUCUCCCCAUCUCAUCCACCUCUCUCGCCCAUCCCCUGGCGAUUACCCCAUUGGCAAGGGAAGACUACUUCACUCCUAAAGGCGGUAUGAACAUCCUGGGGAUGUUGAAAUCACCAAUGGUGUUGAUGAUGCUUUUCAGUGCUGUCAUGUUAUUCGCUUUACCUAAAUUGACUGCAAGUAUGGCUGAUAUGGAUCCUGAGAUGGCCAAGGAGAUGGCAGAGACUAGAGAGAAAAUGAAGGGUUUCCAAAAUAUGGAUUUGGCUGGAUCGCUAUCAAAUAUGCUUGUUGGAUCGACUGAAGAUUCACCCAACUCUGGUACAAAUACGCCUAACAAAUCUGGUACAGCAGGAGCAGGAGGUAAGAAACGUCGUGGACGAUGA